AUGGGCCCAGGCGGAGGCUUCAGAAACUCUCCUCCGAGACCAGCGGGCAGGGCCGCACUGUGUGCUGGGGCCAGGAGGGAGCCCAGCUGGACGGCAGCGGCCGCAGUGGGAGGACCGCGACCGGGGGAGCGCGUGGGAGCUCGCGGAGCCCACAGGCUGCAGGCCUGGGCCGGGUGUCCCUCGUCCUCCAUAAGAUCCCAUGGACGCUUAGGAGGCAUCGUUUCCCCGCGCUGGUCUCUGUAUUUCCACAGCGAUUUCUAUAUACUUGUUUUGCACCAGAGACCUUCCCAUUGGGUUUUCUUUCCAUGUCUAAAAGCACCCGCCUUUCCCGCCACUCUGGAGUCUCCUGAGGCUGGAGGCCCGUCUCCCGCCUGCAGCCUGGCGUGGGGGUCGGGGCGCGCGUGGCCUCGCUGGGGGCUGGCUGAGGGUGGGCUGGGGGAGGAAGGCCAGGGAAGGGGAGGCGCCCGGGGCCCGAGUCACGUCGGGGGAGAGGCGCUGGAGCUCGGACCGCCCCGGCCGCCGCCGCCUCCGCCCCGCGUCCAGACCCUUCCGUCCGCCCCCCCCGCCCCGACGCACGUCCGCGGACCCCUCUCUUCGCCGCCGUCCCGAGCCCCCCGCGACGGGCCUCUUUCUCCAGGUCCCCUGCCUGGGCCAAAGAGGAACUCCCUGGCCCCCUACCCCGGCUUUUCCUCCGCGCUCGUCCGGGGCCCGCUCUUCUACGCGGGUGGGUCGCGGUGGCUGAGUGGGUGGGGCCGCGCGUCCCCUCCCUGCCCGCCUUGCUCGGGAGCUCGGAGGUCACGGCGUACGUGGCCUUUGCGUGGGGUGAGACGGGAGACCCGGGGCUCGGGCAGGAGACGCUCGGCCCCACCCAAAUUUUGCGGCGAGCUUCGCUCCGCGCGGGUGGGCACUGGGAGACGCGGCCGCGAGCCUCAGAGGCGCUGGGAAGGUGGAACCCACGGGAGCUGCGAAUGCCGCGCGUGGGCAGAGCGAACAGGAGGCCUCAAGGGGAGCCCAGGAAGCAUAACUACAUUUCGAAGAUACCUCAGAAUUCUUUGGGAAGAAAUGGGUACCCGCGCUUCUUGCAAACAUCUGGAUCAUUUUGAUUGAAGAACAGCUAAAGACUGCAAGGGGUCCAGCUGCCAGGAAUCACUGGUCUCCACUGACCACUACCUUCAGCCACGCUCUGCCAAUCUUCUCUCUUGUCGGAUGACAUCUCAGGCAGCUCUUACAGUCCAUUUCAGGUACAAUAUUAGGA